AUGGCAACUUUUCUUGUAGAGAAACUUCUCUCCGGCGACGUCCUCGAACUACCAAAGCACGACCGGCCCACGUUCGACUUCGUCGUCUACGACGGUGUCCGCACCAUGUUCGGCGUCCACUCACGGUAUGGCUGGCUUGAAAUCGGCCGUUCCAUCCGAAACAACGAAAUCGACGUGUGGGGGGAGUGGAGCUACACGAGCUCUGAUUGCGACGGACCAUGCUCUUGGGCAUCGCAGGACUGCAGUAACCCGGUUCUCCAUGACGGCUUCCUCUACCUGCUGAAUAGGGAUGGCGCAUUAGCAGUGUACGACGAGAGAAAACACGAUGAAGGAUUCAACAUUCUCGAGAAGCCUGGAAGUUUUACAUUCGAGCACGAUGACAGCUACUUGGUCAAGUCCGACCAUGGCGAGCUGAUGGCCGUCCUUAUCGGACAUCGGGAGACACCAGUCAACAUUGUCAAACUGAACGAGCACACCAUGGAGUGGGAGAAGAUACAAGACCUAGAGGGGAGGACAUUGUUUACCGGCACAUUGACGACGACGAUGAAGAAGACUAACAUCAAGUGGAUGCAGAACAAGGUUUUCCUUCCGAGAUUGUACGAUUGGCCUGACACCGUCCAUGUUGACCUUGUUCAGCGUGAAGGUGAAGUUGCCUUUGUUCCAAAGUAA